AUGAACUUGGCAGUCAUAUCUAGCAGAGUAAACAGAGCUUAGGCCUCAAUGUCAAAUUCUGGAUAAAAUACUAGCAGAGGCUAAAAUGCAACAACAUAGAGAGGAUCGAAUUCCACAGUAACUUACCGCUCAAAUGGAUUGAUAUUAAAUAAUGGGAAUCAGACUAUAAGAUACGUUAAUGGAAGGAGAGUUGUUCUUUGA